CUAACUUACAGUUUCUCUCUAACAAAAAAAAAAGAAGAAAAAAUAAACUGACAAUAUUUUGGAUUGCAAUUUAACGAUUUCAACGGAGUGGCCUCACAAUUCUUUAGAUUACAGACAUAAAAAAAUGGGGUUAUGGCUGGCUUCCAGACCUCGUCAAACCCCAAAACAGCAAACCCCGAAAAUGGAACUUCACCUUCUCUUCUUCUCAUCAUCAUCACUACCGUCUCCCCGCCAUUUUCUAACCUCCAUCAAUACAACAACCCACUUUUUUACAUACUUCUCCUCUCUUUCCCCUAACUCCCCCCACUUCAUACAGAGAGGCAAAUUUGUGAGGGCGUUGGUUUCUGGCGCUCGUGAUAUGAGUGCUUGAUACUUCUGCCCUGGUUGGCUCACUCUAUAAACCGAACGAAACGAUUCUCAGAGAGUAAAAAAAACCAUGUCUGGUCGUAUGUCUCCCAAAGCAGUUCCUGAUGUUGAGAACUUGGAGGAUGAGAGGAAGACUAGAAUUGGGUCAUUGAAACAGAAGGCUAUUAAUGCCUCCAGCAAGUUCAGGAAUUCCUUGACUAGAAAGGGCCGAAGAAGUAGCAAAGUCAUGUCUGUUGAAAUAGAAGAUGUGCAUGAUGCAGACGAGGUUCAGGCUGUUGAUGCCUUCCGUCAAGCACUUAUAUUGGAGGAGCUAUUGCCUGCAAAGCACGAUGAUUACCAUACCUUGCUUAGAUUCUUGAAAGCCAGGAAAUUUGAGGUUGAGAAAGCAAAGCAAAUGUGGUCUGACAUGCUUCAAUGGAGAAGGGAUUUUGGUGCUGACACUGUUAUGGAGGAUUUUGACUUCAAGGAACUCAGUGAGGUCUUGGAAUACUAUCCCCAAGGGUAUCAUGGAGUAGAUAAGGAUGGAAGGCCUGUGUACAUUGAGAGACUGGGAAAGGUAGAUGCUACCAAGUUGAUGCAAGUAACUACAAUGGACCGCUAUGUGAAAUACCAUGUUCGAGAGUUUGAGAGGGCAUUUGGUGUUAAGUUCCCAGCUUGUUCAAUUGCAGCAAAGAAGCACAUUGACCAAAGCACAACCAUAUUGGAUGUGCAAGGCGUGGGACUUAAAAAUUUUACCAAAUCUGCCAGGGAACUGAUUACUCAACUUCAAAAGAUUGAUGGUGACAAUUAUCCUGAGACCUUGAAUCGCAUGUUUAUCAUUAAUGCUGGUUCUGGGUUUAGGAUGUUGUGGAACACCGUGAAGUCCUUCCUUGAUCCUAAGACUGCUGCAAAGAUCCAUGUUCUUGGAAAUAAAUACCAGAGCAAGUUGCUGGAAAUAAUUGAUGCUAACGAGUUGCCAGAUUUUCUUGGUGGUACUUGUACUUGUGCUGAACAUGGAGGAUGCAUGCGUUCUGAUAAGGGUCCCUGGAAGGACCCAGAAAUACUGAAGAUGGUUCAAAAUGGUGAUCACAAAUGUAAAAGCAAAUCCGACAGUCCAGUUACUGAGGAGAAGAAAAUAUUAGAGGAGGAGACAGUGCACCCUAAGGGAUGUGACUCUCACCAUAUGGAGGCUGCUUUAGAAGUAGGAGACAUAGCACAGCUCUCUCCAAUUCUUGAAAAAAUAAACUCUCAGAUUCAUGUUUUGAAAAAAUCCCAAAAAUUCCGCAAGUACAACGACUAUGCUCCAAUGGUUGACAAAACUGUCGAUGCAACUUGGCAAACAGCAGUGGAGAAUAAUAAUUUUGCCCAAGCAAAUUGCUUUGCCACUCAAGACAACUGCAGAAUGUCCGAAGGGUUCAGCUCCCAUAUAUUCACAGGUGUCAUGACCGUUGUCAUGGGAAUUGUCACCAUGGUCCGACUGACUAAAAACAUGCCCAGAAAGCUCACAGACUCCACCUUCUACUCUAGCCCCACUUACUGUGAUGACGAUAGCCAGGUACCUUCGCACCAUUUGCAAGGCAAUGCCAUGUCCAAUGCAGACUGUAUGUCUGUCUUGAAACGAAUGGCUGAGUUGGAAGAGAAAGCCGGUGUUUUGAGCAUGAAACCAGUUGUCAUGCCGCCAGAGAAGGAGGCCAUGCUGAACACCGCUUUAAGCAGAGUUGAUGCUUUAGAGCAAGAGCUUAUGGCAACUAAGAAGGCUCUAGAGGAAUCGCUUGCCAGACAGGAGGAGGUCUUUGCUUAUCUUGAAAAGAAGAAGAAGAAGAAGAAGAAACUGAUGAUGAUGCCAUUCAGCUGGUAGAUAAUUAAUAUUGGACACCGGGAAGAUGCCGAGGACCUUAUAAUGAUCUCCAAGCAAAUUUGCCUUUUUUUAUGUUGUCGACUAUUACUUAUGACAUAUGAAUCAAAUUUUUUGGUCAAGUAUAUAACUAAAAUUUCCAGUUCUUCCCAAAUA